UGUUUAACUAUGUUUGCUAUUACCACGCUGAUGCUGUAGGUACAUCAUUAUCUGCAUAAUAUAUACACACUGCAUAUUUAAUUCAUUAGUCGUCGUUCAACUAUACUUUUACUUGCUUUGAGAUUGGUUAUAUCUACUUAUUGUUUUGUCUGGACAAAGCACAAUUGUAUGAUCCCGUAUAUUUUUUAGCAAGUUUGUGGUAACAAAAAUCACCACCAUGGAUUCAAAAAAUAGAAGGCCUUCAGAAUCGAGAUCGAUUAUAGACAGUGCUUGUUCAAAGCGAUUUAUAAUAGCCAUCAUGGGAUUCAUAGGCAUUGCUAAUGCAUAUGCCAUGCGAUCGGUACUGAGUGUAGCAAUUACCGAAAUGGUAGAAGACAUCCACAAAACAGCUAUAGACCCUAAUGGGUGUCCAGGACCGAUAAAAAAUACAAAUACGACGAACCCAAACGCUGAAUUUGAUUGGUCUGAAACACUUCAAGGGCAUAUACUUGGUGCUUUCUACUAUGGAUAUGUAUUUGCACAGAUACCAGGUGGUAUAUUGGCACAAAAAUAUGGUGGAAAACACGUGUUUGGCGUCGGUAUUUUCCUGACCGCAGUACUUACACUAUUGACACCACUUGCCGCCAGGAUUGGUCCUGGGUACAUGAUUGGUGUUAGAGUACUUGAGGGUAUUGGCGAAGGCCCUACUAUUCCAGCAAUGAAUGCUUUGUUGGCUCAGUGGGUGCCUAUCAAUGAACGAUCACGUAUAGGAUCGUUUGUAUUCGCAGGAAAUAUGAUUGGAACGAUUGUAGCUCAAAGUUCCGCUGGGUAUUUACUUAAGGUAACCGAUGACAAUUGGCCACUGGUGUUUUAUGUUUGUGGCGUUGUAGCGCUGAUUUGGUAUGUUUUUUGGAAUUUCUUGGUAUACAGUUCACCGAGCGAACAUCCUUCAAUAACCGACUACGAACUUACAUAUUUAGAACGUCAUCUAAAAGGAGUAAAUAAAAAUAAGAAUAAAUUAAAAUCUACACCUUGGUUGUCAAUGUUGUCAUCAGGUCCCAUGUGGGGCUUAAUGAUAGGUCAAAUCGCACACGACUGGGCUCUAUUCAUGAUAAAUGCUGAUUUGCCGAAGUAUAUGAAGAGUGUCAUGAAAUUUUCUAUUGCAGAAACCGGUGUAUGGAGUUCAAUGCCGCAUGUCUUAAUGUGGGUUUUUGCCAUAUUAACAGGAUGGUUAAGUGACUAUUUGAUAUCUAACGGAAAAUUGGGAAUAUUACAACAAAGAAGAUUAUUUUCGACCAUAGCUUGUAUUGGACCUAUGUUGGGCACAUUAGCAGCGUCAUAUGCCGGUUGCGAUAAGAUAAAAGUAGUCGUUCUAUUUACCGUCGGUAUGGCCACUAUGGGCUUCUUUUAUUCGAGCAUGAAAGUUAACGUGAUGGAUUUGAGUCCAAAUUAUGCUGGUCCUGCAAUGGCCAUGGUGAACGGAGUUGGAGCUGUUGCUGGAAUCGUUUCUCCUCCCCUCAUUGGAUAUUUAAUACCAAAUAAUACCCUAUUGGAAUGGCGUAAUGUGUUUUGGAUUAGUGGUGGUGUAGUAAUCGUAGCAAACUCGAUAUAUUUGGUAUUGGCCUCGGCAUCCAUACAGUGGUGGAAUGAUCCGGUACCGACUUCUGAGACUGAUGAUGGUGAUACUGAUUUAUAAGAACUGUGUUUCUUGAGAAGUGUGUGUUCAAACAGCUGAAAACAUUAUUACGAAUGUGAUACGCGGGGACAGUGUGACUAUAUUAUAUUAUGCAAUCAAGUUUAAUAUUGAAAUAUUAAUAAUACAUAGAUAAUAUGUAUUAUAUACAUAUAUUUGAUUCGAUGCGUUGGUAGUUGAUGUUUAAAUUGUUGAAAUGCUACAGCAGUGGAAAUAAUUUUAGACGUGAAUUGAUUUUUCAUAAUUAUAAAAAUAUAUUAUAAUUAAUUUAGACUUUUCAAUUAUACUUGAGUCAUUUAAAAUAUAAGUAUGAAUUUUUUUUUUUUUUAAGUUACGAUAAGUACGUGAUUGAUACUUUUAUAUUAUAUAUAACUCAUCAUAAUUGUUCAAAGCAUAAUUGAAAUUUUAUUUUAUAUAACAUAAAAAAUUUGUAUGAAAACGUUUCUCUAGUCAUAGUUGUUAUAAUUUCAGACUAUGUACGUAGAAAUACAUUUACGUAAAUGUAAUAUUUGUUGCCUACAUAUUUGUGUUAAUAAUUAAAAUGACAGUUCCCUUAUGGUUUGCAUCGAAUCGAACUAUAAGUUGUAAAUCAUCAUACGUCCAUACUGACAUUUUCACGUAAGAUAAUAAUAAUUUAAAAAUACAUCAUAUAACUUUAGAGUAGUUAGUUUAUUGAAUUUACUUUAUAUUUUCAUGAGUUUGAACUCAUAUUUUAUCAGUCAUAAUUCGUAAUAUUUUCAUUGCGAAUCAUUUUGUUAGUUAAAUAUUAUUGUAAUAUAAAAUGUAUAGUUACUAUUGAUUAACGUGUUCAUAAUCUUGAAUCAUAAUAUUCGUAACUGACUUUGAAUAGAAAUGCUU